AGCGCUGCCAGACUUUUGCUGUAGGGCAAGCCACUUUUUUUUUAAACAUUUGUUUGCACUUUUAUUGUCCAUGUGCAACAAGUGAGCUUAUUUUAAAUUUAAAAAUAUGCAGCUAUUAAGUGAAAAAUUAAAUGCGUGUCUGUGCACACUUAAUCGUAAUGAUUCCACUUAUGUCGGUGAUAUCACUUGGUUAAAUGACUUUUGUGCUGAGUUUUUGGCUUUUUCAAAUGCAAUGCAAAAGUUAAUAGGCCAAGAAAUGGAGCAAGGUGUUUUGGAUGUUGUCUGCCUCUGCUUAAUGCAAAUAGUCAUCUGUAUUAGGCACUUGGAGUCUACGAUACAAACCGAGAGCACAAGUAAAACAAGGAUUCAGGCCAGUCAUCAGCAUUUUAUUGAUCGUAUUAUGGUAUGUCUAAGACGUAUGAGUGACGCAUUGGAUCAAUCGAAAAAUCAAGAAGCAGCACAGCAGAACUCAUUGGAAGCUGUUUCCUUUCAGUCGGUUUUGGAUUCGCUGCUGGAUGCUUUAACAGACUUCAUGGAACCUCAGCAAGAUAAAUGUAGAAUUGGCGAGCAGAACAUGGACAUAGGAGCCAAACACAUUAAGUCCGACAUAGAUUUACUUUUAGGACAAGCGUUAUCAUUUGCUAAUGUGGCUUUGCAGCAGGAUAAAAAGGCUUUGAGUGCUCUCUGCCAAAAGGUCAUGCGGGAUUGCAGCGCAUUUGAAAAUGAAUGCCAGUCUAAAACAAAUUACUGCCAUCAAAAAUUGCGAGCCAUGACAUUGCAACACGCACUUCAUCAGCUCGACGAUCAUAUUAAUGAUGCCUUGUUACGCUUGGUGUUCACAUGUUUUAUGGAUUUCCAAAAGAUCUCAGUUGAUAAAAUACGCAACAUAAUGCGUACGGAAUCAGAUGCCACAAUUGAUGAAUAUAUAGCAGACUUUGAUGUGAACUUGGAUCGCGCCACACAAAUUGGCAUCUUUGCGAUCGUUUAUGCACCCGGUUUAAAAAUUAAAACAAUGGUUAGAAGCUGUCUCGCCUCGUUUGAGUACUUGGACACCAGUUUAAUACCUUCACUUCAAACCAAUGCUUCCGAUCUGCAUUCCGAGCUUUUGGAACAGCACUUUAAGGAGGAAAUUUCAAAAUACAAGACUGCUCUUCACGAGAUCAUCGAAAGUCGUGCAUUUGUUGCGUGCUACUUACAAAUUUUAACAACGGGCAUUAUUGCAUCAGAGAAGCAGUUUGAUAAGCUCCAUCUAGAUGACUUGGUGCAUAUGGGAUUUAUCGUACUGGAGCACUUUCAGCUGGAGAUUAAUCAAAAGGAUUGGUUACCACACGGCCGAGAGUGCUUUGAAAACUUUAUUCGAAUAUUGCGAGAGUGCAAAGCAAUACUUAGUUGUGCAUCUCAGGUUCAAACGGAACGCAUCCUAAAACGAUUUAAAAUAUUACGCACGAUUUUGCGUAAAUUUUCCAGCACAAUAUCUGCAGACGAAAAUGAACCAGAACGCAACGAAAAGACUGUCAUUGAGGAAACAACAGAUGAGUACACGAUUGAAGGCAUCUCAACGGAUCUAAUUUGUACUCAGCCAUCCAUUAUUCUUUACGAAACUCGAAAGGAUCGAUGCAAUAAUAUCGGUAACAGACCAGCCUUGAAAGCAAAUGCUGCGACACUUAAAUCGAAACCUGUUGGCGGCGUACGUCGGAAGCAAAGCCUUCGCACAACUAUGUUUAAACGCCACAAUUGUGCUCAAAGCAAUCACUCUCAAAAUACCAUCAGCAAUCAAUCGGCUAGUUUGGAAAUCACAGGUAUAUUGGACCAGUUAACCUGCUUAAGUUCAACCUUAACACACAAUCUGACGAGAAAGUAGUGGGGAGGGGAAUCAAAUUCAUCGACACACAAACACAUUCGCAUUCGCAUUCGGAUUUAUUUGUUGUGAUUGAACGCAGUGUUUUUCACAUUGAACAUCUUCAAAAGAUAUAAAUUAAAAUUACAAUAAACAACAAAAUAUUAUAAAUUUGAAAUAUUAAGUUCCUGAUUUCAUAACUGCUUUUAUUAUAACGAGUAAUUCUCGUUUUUACUAUGCCAAAAGGCGUUCUAUCGAUUUUCCUAAAAGGAGUUCA